AUGCCAGAAGAAGGAUCUCGCCUCGAUCCAGAAUUGCUGCCCAACGAAAACCUGAUCCAAACAAUACUACUCCCAGCAACAAUUAUUUGCAUCCCUAUCGCUCUCCUGGCCGGUGCUCUGCUUGCUCUGGUUUAUAUGUACAGAAUCGACCCUGUUCCAAAUUUGUUCAAGCCAACAGAAACAUCAUUGCGCGGGCCUGGGUUUGUUCUUGUCAAUUUUUCUGCAACCCGAUUGGUUUUCGUGGCCAGCUUCCUAUCUACAUUGGCGCCGCUACUGGGCUCUUUCAUAUUGUCUCUCUUUGCUCUUCCCGUCUCCCGGAGACUGCGAGAUGCAUCUAGGGAAGCAAAAUAUCUCAAUCUACCGACACCUUUUCAGAUGAGUUUGCUCGUCGGGAUUUUGGUCGCGUCUGCACAGCAAUUACGGUCUUAUUUGUGGUAUCUUCUCCGCCGGCGGAGACCCAGCAUCCCACCAGUUUUACACUGCGCCGCUUCCAUGAUGCUCCUCAGUCUAGUCAUGGCUGCUGGAGUGUUCAUUGCGGACACGAUCUUGCAUUACACGACGUCGACCGUUGAAUUCGAUCAGAUAUUGGUUCCGCCGCAGCCCGAUCAAGAAUUUGGACGUGGUCUCUCAGAAUUUUGCUUGACCUUUAACCGAACUUUUGUGGGACUGCCUUGUUCUGACACGACUGACUCUGGACAAGUCGACCCUAAUGCCAAUUUCGAGGCAACAGAAAUGAAUCGGCUGUUGCACAACACUUCGCAACUCUCAGAGAUUCGAAUUACAGCAACAGAGGACGUCGCAGGAGCUGAUCUGGCAUACCUCAUCCCGCAACAACAAAGGAUUGCCCCUAACAUUGAUUACCAAGCGUCUACCAUUGGAAUAUCUACAACAUGCCGCUUUGUCAAGCCCUCUAGCUGUGGCAUGGUCCUUUGGGAUAAUUACUAUACUAACUUCAGCUGUACUGAUAUGUUCCAUGGCACCAUCGGAAUGCCACCGAUCGUGAGCACCAACAUAAACAAUCCACGUCCUCCAGAUCCAUAUCGCUCAUUUUUGAUGUACAAAGGAGCUGCGAACCUGAUGUACUCUUUUUUCAGCGACUCGGGAAUGAGGAACAUUUACAACACUGUUGGCUACAAUGACUCGGGCGAUUUCGACCUCAGCAUCUCUCCAUAUCCCAACUCUCAGUUGGUGAAUCCAUUCUACGUCGGCAUUGCUGCGCGAAUCUCGACAACGAACGCCACUUUCAUUUCCGACGGCGUUGUAGAUUUCAUUCUUGAUUGCGCCGUGGCCUCAUACGACAUCUCAUAUACCUGGGUCGAUGGCGGCUUGCAGGAUAUCAAAGCCGUGCCAUCUGGUAAUGGCAGUAUCUUGGAAAUUUUCCACGGCUCUUUGCUAUACGGGACUAUCAGUGGCGGUGAUCCUGCUCUACAAGAUUACCUGACGCAAUCUGCACUAGCUGGAAAUACGACCGAUUCUUUUCUCCAGAAAUUUGGAAGUCUAUACUCUACCAAGGUCUUAGCAUACAUUGGCGGCUACACUACCGGUCGGGUUGCUCUUGCUCAACAACAGCGUGAGCAUAUGCUCCUCUCUAAAGUGCCUAUUCCACCAUUGGCUAUAUUAGUGGCAUGGAGCUUCUGCUAUCUCUUGCUUGGACUGAUACUUGCCUUCCAAGCAUACUGGGCAUCUCGCGGCAAUGUUCGCGACAUCGCAGCCAAACUGAGCUUAUCGGGGCUCUCGCAGGCAGCUUUUGGCGACAGACAAACGGGAACAUCGAGUGGGGAGACUACUUCGAGGGAGGAUGUAAACCAGCCUAUCAAGCAGGAGACGAGGCGGAUUCUCGUCGACGGUAGCGCACAAAGGGGUUUCGAGUUCGGCGUCAUGUUAUGA